UCCUCAUUCAACUGCAUUUACAGUUCACUGACUCUGCAUACACACACACACACACUCAUGCCAGACACACACUCACCACACACCACUACACACGGCAAGUGAUUUAGAAAGCUAGACAAGAUGCUGUGCAUCAACUCCUACACGGGCCAGAUGGGGACGAUGCCUUGUAUCCUUAGCACUGUGCUAGAGACAGUCCUCAUGGUGGAGCAGAUCCUGUCGGAGUUCAGGCUGAAGAAGGAGCAGUUGAAGGAGGUAAUGAAGAGGAUGAUGAGGGAGAUGGACCGGGGACUGCGCGUAGAGACGCACCAGGAGGCCAGUGUCAAAAUGCUGCCCACCUACGUCUGUUCUACCCCUGAGGGAUCAGAGGUUGGUGAUUUCCUGGCCCUGGACCUGGGGGGGACUAACUUCCGUGUGAUGUUGGUGAAGGUGGGGGAGGAUGAGGAGAGGGGAUGGAAGGUGGAGACCAAACACCAGAUGUACUCCAUCCCAGAGGACGCCAUGACAGGCACGGCUGAGAUGCUCUUUGACUACAUUGCAGAGUGUAUAUCAGACUUCCUGAACAGACAACACAUCAAGCACAAGAAGCUUCCUCUGGGUUUCACAUUCUCCUUUCCUGUACGACACGAGAACAUAGACAAGGGCAUCCUACUGAACUGGACCAAAGGGUUCAAGGCGUCUGGAGCAGAGGGUAACAACGUGGUGGGACUACUGAGAGAUGCCAUCAAGAGGAGAGGGGACUUUGAGAUGGACGUUGUUGCCAUGGUGAACGAUACAGUUGCUACCAUGAUAUCCUGUUACUAUGAGGACCGCAGCUGUGAAGUGGGAAUGAUUGUGGGUACUGGGUGUAACGCUUGUUACAUGGAGGAGAUGCGGACAGUGGAGCUGGUGGAGGGGGAAGAGGGGAGGAUGUGUGUGAACACAGAGUGGGGGGCCUUCGGAGCCAACGGAGAGCUGGAGGAGUUUAGACUGGAGUACGACAGGGUGGUGGAUGAGACAUCACUCAACCCUGGACAACAACUCUAUGAGAAGUUGAUCAGUGGGAAGUACAUGGGAGAGCUGGUGAGGCUGGUAUUGUUGAAGCUGGUGAACGAGGAGCUGCUGUUUAACGGAGAGGCCUCUGACCUACUGAAGACUCGUGGCAGCUUUGAGACACGCUACGUCUCCCAGAUAGAGAGUGACUCUGGAGACAGGAAGCAGAUCUACAACAUCCUGUCUACACUGGGCGUGUUGCCGUCGGAGCUGGACUGUGACAUAGUGCGUCUAGCUUGUGAGAGCGUGUCCACGCGGGCAGCACACAUGUGUGGGGCAGGGUUAGCCGGUGUCAUCAACCGCAUGAGAGAACGCCGCAGCCAGGAGGUGCUGAAGAUCACUGUGGGCAUCGACGGCUCCGUCUACAAACUCCACCCCUGUUUCCAGGACAGGUUCCACAAAGUUGUACGGGAGCUGACGCCUCACUGUGACAUCACCUUCAUCCAAUCAGAAGAAGGGAGUGGCCGGGGGGCGGCACUUAUCUCGGCAGUAGCCUGUAAGAUGGCAGCGUGCAUCCUGACACCGUGAGAGUCUUAACAGCCUCCCAGCUCUGGCCUCCUCUUGAAGCUUUCACAGAGUAAAGCCUCACUCCUCAUUGGUGAGAGAUAUGUGUGUGAAUAACUCACUGUACAUAAAAAGAACCCCACCACACAGCACACACAACAUAGAAAACACAGAGACAGAUUAAAUCAGUACUUUUCCCUGUGAACAGUAUUAUACAGAUGUGUUUUUGAACCGAGGAGCCUCUGUAAAUUCGCUGCAGUCCCACAAUGCAUAGGUGGUAUGUCACAGCAAGUCCUGAACCCUUGUUUAAACAUGUUCUCAAGCUUCCACUGAUUGCAGGUGUUUGAAGCUUGAUUAAUACUGUAAUAUAAUGUUCAUGUGAAAAGGAUUGGCAUUGAUUUAUAACGUCAGUGUGUUUUUUUGUUUGAUGCUGUCUGUUUAAUCCAGAGAUGCUACCGUAUAUAAUUUAAAACUAAAGGAUUGUCCGUUACAAAUGUAUUGCAGUGUAGUCUUUCAUUUACUGUUCGUGGGAAAUUGUAUUUAUAAAAGCUAUGUAUCUGUGAUGAGCGUAAAGGUCUUAAUUCCUAAUAUGUAUAUCUAAGAACGAGAAUGUGCUUCGUAAUGUGAUUUUUUUGUUGUUGUAAAUAAAGUUGCUGAAACAUAAAAAGA